AUGACUAGAAUGAUGGGACUUGUACUUAAACUACUGUUGCUGUUUUCACUCGUACACUGUCACAAAGCUUCACCUUGCACUCCAGGAUCAAAAAACAUUGGCAAUAAUACUAUUCUUAUUCCAAGAAAUAUAGAUGCGAAUGUACUGUCUGGAUUUAACCUACGUAUAGGAAGUGGUUCGGCGGAAUCCAUGUGUGUUGCGCACAUGCAAAAACACACUGAUUAUAUGGUAAAAAUCGCCUGCUCAGGACACCAGCGAGCGACGAACACAGUCAAGUAUCAGCUGUCCAAAUAUGAAGGUCAAUUCUACUUGGAUGUUUCCAACGUUACACACGAAGAUAAUGGACGGUUUAUAUUUUGGUCGAAUAACCCCGAAAAAGGAUUAUUGGCCGAUUCAGAAAUCUACGUAACAGAUAAUAAUUCCCCGACCAUUAAAAUUUAUGGAAGAGACGGUAGGCGUUCUUCAUUUCAUUAUCCAAUGACCUCUGAAAACGCAGUUGACAUAUCCUUCACUAAACUUGAACACAAACUACUAUUCACACUUCCUCCGUGCGAUGUACAUUUUCCAAGAGAAGUCGAGGUCACUCUUUGUGAGGGGAUUGUGUCCAUACUAUUCAUGCGUGUGUCAUGUUCAACGGCCGGUCAAUACCGCUUGAUGGAGGCUAUUACGCGUGGUAACCAUGUAUCGACCAACAUUACGAUGCUGGUUGCAGACACAAUCAAAGUUGAAACGUUUAUAACGAAGCAACCGAAGGGAGGUUCUAGCGAUGGUGAAAUAGUCUGCGUUGCAUCAAAACAAGUAAACAGAUUAGAGUGGUACAAUGGAAAGCUUCUCAUCAAAGAGGGCGGAAUUUACUCUCUUCAUCGAAGUUAUCAAACGCAUUUAACGCUUACUGUAAAAAACGUUAUGGCUUUCACCAGAGGACCGUUUUCAUGCAGAGCAGAAACCCAAUGCGACUACUAUGUUUCCAAGGAAGUGGUUUUUCAAGAAUUGCAAUAUAGUACAGAUCAGACUACUACAGAUACCUUAACUAAUACGCGUCAGGAAAUUGAGAGUACAACGAAUGUAGAUUUUUCAUCUACUAUUAACAGCAUAAAUGGAGAGAAUGAUUCGGGGUGUGCUUCAGGCCCAUUGGCGCUGUUUAAUCCACUCAGUAUACUGUCGCUAUUAGUUCUUGUUGCGGAAAAUGUGUUUAUUAUACUCAUCAUUGUCCUCCGAGAGCGAAAGAGAGAAAGAGUGAAGGAGACUAGCUAAUAGGAGCAGUGCAAAUCCAGUGUAGAUAGGAAGUACCUCAGCGAUGCGACUGGUCAAUGCAACUAUUUUGAUAUUUAACUUUUGAGAUGUUUUAAAACUUUAUUUGUGUAUAAAAACACAUACUCCGUGCCUUGUUGAACUUAGUAUGGCAUAUUGGUGCUUGACGUAAACGAUUUUUCGAAACAUCUUGUUAUUUAA